CCUGCGCGGUGGCCCUUCGGUGCGCGCCCCAGCGAAAGGAGGCAUUUCCGCGGUUGAGGAUGGCCGGCCGGCCGGCAGGGCGCACAGUCAUGGCGGCGGCCGAAGUAGGAUUAGAGGGCGGAGGAGCCCCUGUUGGCUUAAGGCCGGAUGCCGCGAUGCAGCGUGCUGAGCUUAUGCCGCUUCUGAAAACGGUUCUGCGGCCGGGGGAGUCCUGGUAUUUGAUUGACAGUCGGUGGUUCAAGCAGUGGAAGAAAUAUGUGGGCUUUGAAAGUUGGGAUUUGUACAACGUUGGAGAACCCAACCUCUUCCCAGGACCAAUUGACAACUCCGGACUUUUUACCGAUUCAGAAACUCAAACUUUGAAAGAGCACCUCAUUGAUGAAUUGGAUUAUGUACUGGUUCCUACUGAAGCUUGGGAUAAACUAGCAAAUUGGUAUGGUUGUAUGGAGGGACAGAAGCCAAUUGUGAGAAAAGUUGUGGAGUAUGGAUUGUUUGUUAAACACUGUAAAGUAGAGGUUUAUCUUUUGGAGUUGAAGUUGUGUCAAAACAGUGAUCCUACAAAUCUUGUGGACUCUUAUUUCAGCAAAGCAGAUACGAUUGCUACUAUUGAAAAGGAAAUGCGAAAGCAAUUUGAUAUUCCUGAUGGUAAAGAAGUCAGACUGUGGAACAGAUGUACAAGUAAUGCUUAUGAACAAUUAAGCAAACUCGAUAGCACCAUACAAGAUGCAGGGCUCUAUCAGGGACAGGUAGUGUUAAUAGAAGUGAAAAAUGAAGAUGGUUCAUGGCCUAGACAAUCUUCUCUGACAAAAUCAUGUACUGCAACUAGCAGAAAUCUAGCUACCUCUUCAAAAGCACUAGGAAGCUCUUGCUCUUCGGUAUCUGCCUCUUCAGUCAUUACAAAUGGAGAUAGCAAUAACUCCUAUGGUUUGAACUGUUCCAGCCUUGGUAAAGGUGGCUCGAGCUUUUCUUACAGUUACAACAGCAGGGAAAGUCUUCAGUCACAGCCUGGACUCUGUGGGCUCAGUAAUCUAGGAAAUACAUGUUUCAUGAACUCAGCUCUACAGUGUUUGAGUAACACACCUCCCUUGACUGACUAUUUCUUGGAAGAUAAAUAUGAAGCUGAAAUAAACCAAGAUAAUCCUCUAGGAAUGAGGGGAGAAAUUGCAGAAGCAUAUGCAGAACUCAUCAAACAAAUGUGGUCUGGCCGGAAUUCUCAUGUAGCCCCUCGUAUGUUCAAAACUCAGGUUGGCCGUUUUGCUCCUCAGUUUUCAGGAUACCAGCAACAAGAUUCUCAGGAGCUUCUGGCCUUUCUUUUGGAUGGCCUACAUGAGGAUUUAAACAGAGUAAAGAAGAAACCAUAUUUAGAGUUGAAGGAUGCUAAUGGGAGACCUGAUUCGGUGGUUGCAAAAGAAGCAUGGGAGAAUCAUCGAUUGCGUAAUGACUCUAUAAUUGUAGAUAUUUUUCACGGACUCUUCAAAUCCACAUUGGUCUGCCCCAAAUGUUCUAAAAUUUCAGUAACUUUUGAUCCGUUUUGCUAUUUAACACUCCCUUUGCCCUUGAAGAAAGAUAGAUCCAUGGAAGUAUUCUUGGUGUUUGCAGAUCCACAGUGUAAACCUAUGCAAUUCCGAAUAGUAGUGCCCAUGAUGGGUGGUAUCUCUGAUCUGUGUGAUGCACUGUCCAAAAUUUCUGGGAUCCCUGCAGAAAAUAUGGUGGUGACUGAGGUCUAUAAUCACAGAUUCCAGAAAAUUUUCCAAAUGGAUGAAGGCUUAACUCAUAUUAUGCCAAAGGACAAUAUAUUUGUAUACGAGGUUUGUAAACCAAGUGAAGAUAGUGCUGAAUGUGUCACACUCUCAGUUUACUUCAGAGAAAAGAAAGCAAGACAAUCCAGUGCUACCCCAGGGACAGUUCUUUACGGCCAACCGCUACUCAUAGCUGUACCCAAACAGAAGCUCACAGUAGAGUAUUUGUACAAUGUUAUAUUGGAGCGAAUUGGACGCUAUGUAAAAAUUAAUUUAAAAGAAGAAUAUUCUGAUGUGUGUCUGGACAGUGAUACUUGCAAUGGCUUCACCAAUAUAUCUGAAGGUGAUGUUGAAGAGAUGGAGCAUCAGGAUAGUGAAGAAAACAAACAGAAAAAACCAGAUGCAGAUGCUUCUCAGUCCGAAGAGAGGGGUGAGCAGGUGGAAGGGAAGCAGCCCCAGAAAAAGCAGCUGUUCAGUUUCAGUUUUGUGAAUUCUUACGGGACAUCAGAAGUAAACUGCAUUACCACAGAAGGGAAGAUCCUCAAACUGAGUUCCUAUGCAACUGUUGCUAUUGAUUGGGAUUCCGACACCCGGAAACUGCUUUUUGAUGAACAUGAAGCUCAGGCAUUUGAAAAACACAACAGUAUGUUUCAGUCACAAAAAAAGAAAACUUCUGUAGCCCUUAGAGAAUGUAUAGAACUUUUUACAACUAUGGAGACACUUGGGGAACAUGAUCCCUGGUAUUGUCCUAAUUGCAAGAAACAUCAGCAAGCCACUAAGAAAUUUGAUCUUUGGUCAUUGCCACGUAUUUUGGUAGUGCAUUUAAAACGGUUUUCAUACAAUCGAUAUUGGAGGGAUAAACUUGACACAGUAGUUGACUUCCCUAUCAGGGAUUUGAACAUGUCUGAGUUCGUUUGUGAUCCAGCAGCAAGCCCAUAUGUAUAUGACUUAAUUGCUGUUUCCAAUCACUAUGGAGGCUUGGGUGUAGGGCACUAUACUGCAUAUGCUAAGAAUAAAAUCAAUGGAAAAUGGUACUACUUUGAUGAUAGCAAUGUAUCUCUAGCUUCUGAAGAACAAAUAGUGACAAAGGCAGCAUAUGUACUGUUUUACCAACGCAGAGAUGUCAAGCUCAAGGGGAGCCAUUCUUUUUGCCCAAGCAUGGAACCAGAAUCUGAAGAAUGUGAUGGCAUGGAUACUAACUGAAUUUGUGUGGUUAAUCUCCAAUAUGAAAAUACAUCUGAGGACUUAUUUUGAACCCCUGUAGGGCUACUUGACAACACAAGAGCCCUCAGCACUGAAAAAUAAAUAGAGGAAACAAUAAGUUGGCAAACUUGGGCAUACUCUUUAACCUAAGAGUUUUUAAUCAAAUUCUAUCUUAACUGUUCAAUAAGACGUCUAAAUCUGACUUUGUAUUAUGAAGAUUGUGUGGAUUAAGAGCUACUAUAUGACUGAAGCUAUGCAUGUUAAAAAGAUGGCUGUGUUGGUUUGCAACCUCAAAUUGGUUUUCAGUGAAAGAAAUAUAUUUAGUUUCAUGCAUUGUGUAAAGUGUACAAUCUGAGAGAUACCCGAGUACUGCAGAAGUGCAACAUAUGGACAUCAGCUUCAGUCUUGGUUAGCACAUAUUACCACAACAUUAUGUCAAUCCCUUUUGGACAUGUCAUGAUCAGACUGCUUUUUUGAGAAAGUAUUUCUCCUGGCCCAAAGUCUCCCAUCCAAAAAUUAUCUUUUAAGAAGUAUUUCAAAAAAUAGUUUCCAUGUUUUCAGGCUCAAUGCCAGUAAAGCAAUCCUAUAUGAUUAAUAUACAGAUAAUAUCCCUUUCCUGUAGCAAUAUUCAGAAACCCUAUUCUUUAUAUUCAUCUGAUAGCAAUGCUUUAUGUUCAUUUGACACCUUCUCUCUACAUUUAUGCAAUGUUUUAUCAGCACCGUAUAUAGAUCUCAAUCCCUUUCUCUUAUGAAGGCCACACAAAAUAUCCAAUUACUUUGGAUGUGUUUCAACCCAUUCAUUUUGUUUCCUGACAUUUUAUUCCUACUUAUUUGGGUAAUUUCCCUUUUGUUUAGCCAUUUCCAGAUCAACUAAAAGUUACCAAAGAAAAAUAGCCCUGCUGUUCUCUUUUUGAUCCAUAUCCUUUUCACUAAGUCUUAAUGUACUUUGGUAGUAGCUUAUUUAUAUAAACUAAGAGAGUUUUCAGUAAUCCUCUGGAAUGCCACAUUGUAAUGAAGAGAUUUGUUAUUAAUGGAAAUGGCUUUGAAAUCAUAUUAAUACCUCAUGAAAUUAUUUCCUUUUGCUGUUGGACGGUAUGUUUCAAGAAUUCAUUUAACACUGAGAAUCAUUUCUUUCACAAAUAAAUUUUACAUAGACUUUUCUCUGCAGUUCCACAAGCUAUAGUCACCAGUGAUCCAACAUUAUUUUAGCAGAAUUUAUUAGAUGUGAAUAAGUAUUCUCUGUAGAUUUUAGCAGAGGAAGAAUCAUUGCUGUCAGCUUUAUUCUGUUCACAGUCAAUCUUCCAAUGAUUAUGAUAUAGAUUUGCAGGUGAUUCUUCUAAAGCACUGAAAUGAUUAUUUGGUUGAGUUGCCUAUGCUUCCAGAUUUUUAAACUGGUUUGAGGUUUUAUUUCAACUGCGUAUUUUUUCUUGCACAUAAGGGACAGAGAAAAGGGGCUGGAAUUAUUUAAAUGCUAAUGUCAAAUUACAUUUUAUGGUUUUGCAUUUUUCUGUUUUUCUAGGUUUUAAUUUCUUUUAAAUGUAACAUUUGGAGAGAUAAAUAUUUAAAUGCAAAAAGCAAUUUAUAAUUAAAUAUAACCUUAUAUAUUUCUGUUGCAUAUUGAAGCAAAAAUCUACACUGUUUUUAAGUAUGAUCAGAGAGUAAGUACAUUGAAGUAAGUUUCUUCUAAAUGCUGUACAAAUGGUAUUAGGAAUCUUGAUUUGCCUCUGACUAGGCUGAAUCCUAGCUGAUGUGUACAUAUUGUAUAGUAUCAAGAUCACUUUUAGACUAGCACUGGAUUGUUUUACUGUGUAAAGAUAAAAGAAUAAAAUAAAGAGG